CUGCUGUACCCACCCCCACCAAAAAAGGUGACCGGGCCCAACCUUGACGCAAUAGUUACUCGGUCGAGCUGCCCGCAUCCUCGCUAUAAGAAUGCCCCGAGUACCCGAAACCAUGGCCCAAAGACUACUUGUGCCGAGCCGAUGGUCGGUGUCUCCAACAAGUGAGACCACUCGGGGGGUUUAGUUUAUAUUUACUUGAUCUAGAACUAGUUCUAGUUUAACCCCGCCUUCGGUUAGCAGAACUGCCUUGUCUCAUUCAUCAUUCACGACAUACAAGACCAGACACUUGUAGAAUUCAUCUGUCCGCCUACAUUGCAGUGAGCAGGCGAACAAGUAUCCCCCAAGCAGCUACAUUCUUCCCCCCACCCCCGCCCCGAGAAUCCAGGAAAAAGAACAACCAUGGCAGCCGCACCAGCACCAGGCAUCUACGUGCCCGUGCCGACCUUCUUCGCCUCGCGGACGGCGGCCGACUACAACGCGCACGCCCCGCCCGUCGACGUCGCCGCCCAGGUCGCCCACUCGCUGUACCUGGCCCGCGCCGGCAUCCACGGCCUCGUCAUCCUCGGCAGCACCGGCGAGGCCGUGCACAUGACCAACGACGAGCGCACCACCGUCCUGGCCGGCGUGCGCAAGGGCCUUGACGCCGAGGGCUUCAAGGACUACCCCAUCAUCGCCGGCACCGCCUCGCAUAGUGUGGUGGAGGUUGUAGAGCAGCUCAAGGAUGCGCACGAAAAGGCCGCCUGUCAGUUCGGCAUGGUCCUCGUCCCCGGUUACUUUGCCGGUGCGACGUCGCAGGAGGGUAUUGUGCGGUGGUUCACUGCCGUGGCGGACCAGAGUCCCAUCCCCGUCAUGAUCUACCACUACCCCGGCGUGUCAAACAACGUCAAGGUGACCAUCCCAACCUUUGCCAAACUCUCCCAGCACCCCAACAUCGUCGGAUGCAAGCUCUCCUACCCCGACGUGCCCGUGCACACGGAGCUGGCGCUGCACCCGGAGAUCGACCACUCCCGGUUCGCCGUCUUCACGGGCCUGGGCUCGCAGCUGUUCCCCGUGGUGGCCGUGGGCGGUGCGGGAGCCAUCGACGGCGCCGCCGCCUUCUUCCCCAAGGCCGUGGUGCGGCUGUUUGAGCUGUCGCGCAACGUGCGCCCCACCGACGAGGAGCACGCCGAGCGCGGGAGGCUGCAGUACCUCGUCGCCGCGCUCUACUCCAAGCUCAUCCCCACGGGCACCAUCGGCAUCAAGGAGGCCGUCGCGAGGCUGAGGGGCUUUGGCGACCCGGAUGGUACCAGGCUGCCGCUGUUUGGUGGGUUCGCGGAUGGCGAUGCCGAGUGGGCGAGGUGGAAGCCGAUAGUGGAUCAGUUGGAGGAGGCGGAGAAGAAGUUGUGAAAAAGUGUGGAUUCCUUUUUUGUAGCAUGAUAUAAUUACCUCUUUUCUAUGCAUUUGUAUAAAGGACUAGCAUAAUGCCACAGACUGCAAAAGAUUGCGAGAUGAUCUGAUGCGAUCUUUUGAGUAAAUGCCCCUUGGGGUACGCCAUUG